AUGGUGCGGUUUCCUUGGCGAAGAUCGCGGGAAGAAAUAGCCAGGGAGGAAAUAAAGCAUGCAUUAAAGGCUUUGCGAAAGCGACUUUGGGUUGAAGAAGGCGCUAAUGCUCCGGCCUAUAUCGCUCUAUCGAAGCCUCUAGUUUCUCAGGUCCUAUUUUUGAUGUAUCAUUACUUUGCUGCAACUGAGAUAUAUAAUGCGAUCCGUGUCUUUAUUGCUGCAUAUGUUUGGAUGACUGGAUUUGGCAACUUUUCCUACUAUUACAUUAGAAAAGAUUUUAGUCUUGCACGUUUUACUCAGGUGAAUUAUUUUUUUUUAUUUCAUUUCCAUUUAAUGUGGUAUACCGAUCCGGCAAAGCCAGAUCUCUCUCAGCUGCAUGAGUGGCAUUUAAGAUCUGGACUUGAUCGUUAUAUAUGGAUCAUUGGAAUGAUAUAUGCAUAUUGUCAUCCAAAUAUUGAGAAGUGGAUGGAAAGCUUGGAGGAAACAGAAACCAAGAAGAGAGUUUCAAUCAAAGGGAUUGUAGUUGCUAUUUCCGUAUUUGUUGGUUAUUUAUGGUUCGAGUACAUUUACAAGCUCGACAAGGUUUCAUAUAACAAGCUCCAUCCCUACACCUCAUGGAUCCCUAUAACGGUUUAUAUAAGUUUGCGGAACUUCACCCAGCAGUUCCGAAAUUUCUCCAUAUGAAUUGUCUAACCCUUAAAAAGGCUCAAACAUCAGGAUCAUUUAUUCUUCUAAUUUUUUUAACGUUAUACUUUUG